AUGCAAAAUCAAAUAUUUAAUUCUUUAUUUAAAAAUUAUAUUAUAAGAUCAUUGAUAUUCAAAAAAGUAAAGAAUAUUCAUAAGAAUCUAAAAUUAGCUGUAUAUUCAUGGUCGGUACUCGUUGGUAAACCAAAACAAUUGAUUGCAUAUGACUAUGUCGAUGCUUUACAAUACUAUUGGUUGGAUUGUAAAUCCGAUGACCACUAUCACUAUAGGUGUUAUCUAUUCGAUAGAGACAUUCACUGUAUUUUACAGACGGCGAUCAAACACGACCGUCUCAAAGCCAUACAGCUGAUGUUCGAAAAGAGUGAGAGCGCACGUGUUCAACUGCUGUCUCUCAGCUGUAUAAAGUUUGCUGUUGAAUUGGCUAGGUUCGAUAUUGUCGCCUAUAUGAAAUCGGUGAUCAACAAGAGCUACUAUUUCAAAAUUAUCGACUAUCUUCACAAUGUGACACUAGAGAAACUCGAUUUCUACGCCGCCAAACAAAGCGAGAAUCAAAAGAUUGUAACCAUUGAAGAUGCACUACAACAACGUGAUUUCGAUACACUACAGACAAACAUAAAGAAAGGCGAUUUCGAAAAGAUGGGUCUAUUUAUCAAAGCUGUCAAACUCGGUGUCUACGAUGUUGCCGAUUGGCUAGUGGAGCGAUACUGUCUGCAACCACCGAGAAUAGGUCUGAGAUUGAAUGCCAACCAGGAGACAUACCUCUGGCUCAGUAGUUCGAAACAAAAAUACCAAGUCGCUGCUGCCGAUGUAGAUCUUGCUUGCGGUGGAUCUUCGCUUGACCUCGUCAAGUUUCUCUACGAGAAAUGCCGAUCGUUCACCUAUAUCGCGCUGUACAAUGCGUUUUCCAACUAUCGACUCGACAUUCUAAAGUGGCUACACGAGAAAGGUGCAAUCGGUGGCAAACCAGUACAGAUCUUGUCUCGACAGAUUCCAAGUGAUUUGCCAGCUUCGCGACCUCUGGAAACAGUACAGUGGUUCCACAAGAAUAGAACGGAAGGAUUCAGCAAGGAGGCAUUCGACACUGCUGCAAGAUUCUCGCUUGACAUUGUCAAGUUUCUUCAUUACAACCGAACCGAGGGUUGCACUGCCAAUGCAAUGUCGUAUGCUGCCAUCAAUGGGCAACUAGAGACAUUCCAGUUCUUGGCGGCCAACAGAACCGAAGGAUUCUAUGAGAAUACAUUCGAUAUUACUUGUGGAAGAAAACAUUGUCUGGAGAUGGUUAAGUAUCUUCAUGCCAACUAUCCAACUGCGACCCAUUGUACAAAGUUUGCUAUGAACAACGCCAUUAGGAAUAGAGAUUUGGAAACCGUUAGAUUUUUAAAUGAAAAUAGGACAGAAGGUUGCUCUGAUGAAGCACUUGGUUAUGCACUGGAGAACAACGAUCUUGAAAUGGUUAAAUAUCUCGAUCAACAUCAACUGGUAAAACAUGAACUCUACGAUAACAAAAUAAGUACUUGUCUGUCAAAGCUCGACAUAUCGAAUUUAGACGCUAUCGAUUGGUUGUUAAAAAAUCCUCGCACUGACCGAUCAAGAUUAAAAGUUUUAGCUAAAACUACAAAAAAUGAAUUUGUUAUCAAUUUCUUAAAAGAUUAUAACUUUGAUUAA